AUGGGAGCUUGUGCAGGAACAUAAAAACCAUAGAAAGAAUCUGAAAAGCCUUUGAUAAUGCCUCCAGAACUAACUGAUGAGAAUGUUAAGAGAAUAAAAUCAUAGUUUGAUGAUUUAACUUCGUUAUUAGAAUCUUUGAGUUAAGAGUUUAAGACCAUAACUGAUAACAUAAUAAAGCUACAGCAUUAACAUUAAGAUAAUUGA